AUGCUCGGCAAGCUCGCCCCUGCCCCUGGCAGCAGGAGGGCCAAGACCAGGAAGGGUCGCGGUAUCGCUGCCGGUCAGGGAGCUACUUGCGGUUUCGGUAUGCGCGGUCAGAAGUCUCGUGCUGGUCGCCCUACCCGCCCUGGCUUCGAGGGAGGUCAGAUGCCUCUUUACCGUCGCCUCCCCAAGUUGGUCGGCAAGGGUAUUGGACGUGAUGGGCAUCAGAAGCAGAGCUACGGUCUCCUCAAGAUCUCCGUCCUUAACAAGUGCGAGCCCAACAGCGAAGUUUCCUACGAGUCCUGCCUGGAGAAGGGAUUUAUGACCAAGGUGAUCGGUAGCGACAAGCCUGGAGGCGAGGGAGCAGACCAGCUGGGCGUUAGCGGACUUACUGUGAAGGCCCACGCGUUCACUGCUUCUGCCGUCAGACAGAUUGAGGAGAAGGGAGGAAAGUGCGUCCUGUUGAAUCCUGUGACCAACGAAGAGAUCAAAAUGUAG